CGAGAUCAUUCAAGCAACGAUUUUCCUCUGAACAAGGAUCUGAGUCUAGAACAUUAUUCAUUGUUAGACGAUGGCAUUCAAAUUUUUAGCUAUUUUUGCUGUUUUGGCUGUGGCCAGUGCUCAACACUACGACCCUCACUACUACCAGCCUCAGUACCAACCUCAACCAGCCCUGAUUAAAACCCUCCAGCCAACCAUCGUCAAGACAAUCCAACCAGCUCUAGUCAAGACUGUCAAGCACAUUGAAUACCCAGAAGCCCCUGCCGAAUACCAGUUCCAGUACUCCGUCCACGAUGAGCACACCGGCGACAUCAAGAGCCAGCAGGAGGAGCGUCACGGAGAUGAUGUCAAGGGACAGUACACUCUGAUCGACGCCGAUGGCCACCGUCGCAUUGUAGACUACACCGCCGAUGAGCACAACGGAUUCAACGCUGUCGUCCGCCGAGAACCUCUGGAGGGUCACAAGAUUGUCAAGACCAUUGCCCCGGUUGCCAAGAUUGUUGCUCCUAUUCCGGUGGCCAAGGUUUACGCUGCUCCAGUCGCCAAGAUCGUCGCUCCUCAACACUACAGCCUCCCAGAACCUCACUACUCUCACUACUAGGCGCAUUCUCGAAAUGUCAUAUAAUGGUACCCUCAUUCCUCUAGCUUUAUCUCAAUCUCCCAAAUUAGGAUAAUUGAUGUGAAUAUGGGAAUAAUUUAUAAUUCAUACAUUAUACGUCAUUCGAAUUAACUUUAAAUUGUGUGAAAGCUGGUAUGAUUUAUUGUAUGCUAAUCUUUAUGUAUCCAUAUGAAAAAUAAAAGAAAUGUU